UAUAGAGAGGCAUUCCAUCGUUUGUAGAAGCUCACCGAAACAAAGCUUUAACAUGGCAUUUUGGGCGCAGAUGGCUUUCCUGCUUGUCAGCAUAAUAACAUCAGCAGUAAGAGGGAAAGUGGAACAAGAGCUGUCUCCAGAGUGCAGAGAAUUCCUCUACAUGGAAACACCACCAAGUGGACUAGAGCACCACUCACUUCAGUUCAUUUGUCAACGUUACAACAAGAAGGCUCGCUACGUGACACUGUACAAUACUGUGGACCAUAUACCUAUCUACUCUGCGUACACUUACAAACGCUCAGAUGGGGAGAAAUGCGUGGAUGUUCCAUGGAUGUAUGAACCACAGCUCUCCACAUUAUCUGAUACAGAUGAGAUGCAGCCUUUCCCACGUGGUUACAUGCACAUGAAUUUUGAAGAUAGCCAAGCUGUUCUGGAUGACUACACAAACGCCAUCCUUUACGAGCGUGGCACCCUCAACCCAGACGAGCAUCAGGAUGAUCCUGACGACAAGGCGUCCACCUACACCCUCACCAAUGUCGUGCCUAUGGUGCCUGACUUCAACAACAUAGUCUGGAACAAACAGGAGCACAUCAUCCGCAAACGGCUUAACAAUUACUGUCGUGGAACCGCUUACAUUGUCACAGGUAUCACCACCUCGGGGAAGAUGAUCCGCCGGGAAAACAUUAAUCGUGUUGCAGUGCCCACAUACCUGUGGUCAGCUUAUUGCUGUAUUCACUAUGACCACAAUGCACCUUUUAAUGAGCGCUAUAAGUUCCCAUCUUUUGCUCACUAUGGCCUUAAUGAAGAAGAUAACAAUGAGGUGGUGGAAAUCUCUGUCCAGAAGCUGAAGGAGUUUCUCAGGAAAACAACUUUUGUUGAUCAGAACUUUCAGAUAUUUGUAGGUGACUGUAUCCCACCAGCAUCCAGCCAAGCUAAAUAA